AUGCUAAGACACAUCGUGAGUAGUUGUAGUAGCAGUCGGACAGAUGUCCCUCCGGAUAUGGAGUUGGUAUGUAGCAAGAGAAUAUGGGAGGGUCAACGACGAAGCCCCUGGCAUCUUGUCCGCAGAGUGCUUGCUUCGCAUUCCACCAGAUGAAGAUUCAACACAGCAGGAUUGACACGGAUUUUGGGCCGGACAUAGACAUGUUCGACGAAAGUUCGAUCCAAAGAUCUCUCCAAACAUCGUCGGUCCAGCGCAAUACAGCGCAGCGCAAGCGCUUGCUUUCAAAACUUUCCAGCUGCCGGAUCUCAAAGUCGUUCUGAACUCCGCAUCGGUUUGCCAGUGGAAGAGCGCGGCUACCGAUCUCGACGAAAGCAAUGUGAGGGAAAGAGCUGGUCGAAGUGCCAGAGGACAAAAUGCUGUUAUGUGUACAGUAAGAGGGAGGGAAGCCGAUGUUGCUUCCCGAGCGCGGAUCCUGCCCAGCGUGAGCACGCAGAUCCUUCGCGAGUGGACACAACAAGCGCAGAGAGUGCUCUUUGGCGUAGGUACUGUAUUUGAAAAAGUGUUGGACACAUCUGAUCAUCCAAAAAUGGUCGCGACGAUGAAUGUGAACAAUGUACAGACCUGAUAGGGACCCUUUGAACUUCGGACUCCGACUUUGCAGGCCAAAAGCAACGCUUCUCGACGGGACGGGUAGCGUGGUAUAUUUAG